AAAGUCGUUAGUCAUGCUCUAACGCUUUUCCCCAUCGGACGCUUUCAAUUCGGCUCUGUCUCCCAAGGCAUCAAAAUGGGAAAAUCUAUUCCUAUAUUAGCUCUUCUUAUUUUAUGGGAGACCAGCUCUACAAAUCAAUUGAAGGCUGAAUUUCCUUUUAUGGUAAGGGGCAUCGGAUGUGCCCGAAUCAAUAAGACAGUUCCCGCUCCCCACUUGGGCAGUGAGCUGUGGAUCAUUACCAGAUGGAUGGAAAACCAAAAAAUGAAACCAUUUAGAUGCUUUCAGGACGAUUAUCCACCAGAUAUACCUGUAGCCACCCAUCAAAGCGGUUUUCUGGGCACUGACAAUGGCACUUUUGCAGUGCAUUUGAUUUGUUUAGACGGAGUUUCCUCGGAACAAAAAGACGACAAACAUUAUUAAAAAGCCUGCACAGUC